AUGCACAACAUGCACACUACCAAGCCCCGUCCAGUAGUCAGGUGUACUACUGGUCAUGAUGGCAAGGUCCCCGUUACCAUCACACCCCAAAAACCAGUUGAUGCCUCCAAGAGCCAAGACUGCAGAAACAGCUCCCUGCUACAUGCUCUUGUUUGGCUCACAGAGACUAAUUGUCACUGCGUUCGUGUACAUGACUUCUUUUUUCUCUCUCUCUCUCUCCUCUCUCUCUCUCUCUCUCUCUCUCUCUCUCUCUCUCUCUCUCUCUCUCUCUCUCUCUCUCUCUCUCUCUCUCUCUCUCUCUCUUCUCUCUCUUCUCUCUCUCUCUUCUCGGGGGACGAUGCGCCGGCGGGGAAGACGGCUGGGCUGAAGUCGGCGCGCGAGGCCAAGGUGGCUACUGUUUCAAGUCUUAGACUGGAAUAUCAUGGCGUAUCACACAAGUGGCUCGAAUGCGGCAUCGUCCUGAUUGCGUGGUUGCAUUGCCGGUUGCAGGGUCAAAACAGCUCCCAACAUGCCGAGCGGGCCCAAGAGGCGGCCAAGUUCAUCACCGUCUCCGCACACACGACAGAUGAACAGGGGUGCGCGCCGGGCCUGUUCUCCAGCGCGCCCCGACCCAUAUUCGCGCGCUCCCACCCACAACUGAUCAUCACGUUGCCGUCAUCUUGUGGGCUGUAUCAUGAUAAUGUGUAG